AUGGAAUUUAAUUUAUUUGGGAUAGAUAUAUCUCAAAAUAGUGAGGAAGAUAAAGUAAAUAUUAAGAACUUAAAGAAAGUUCCAAAACAUUUUGUAAUUACCUUUAGAGAUAGGGAAGCAAGUGAAAAAGGAGUUCUAGUCCUAUUAUACAAGAGUUUAUGUUUAUUGAAGACUGUUAAUGUUGAAUAUGUUACUAUUUUUGAGCCUACAGGGAUUGUACAGUCUAAGUUGACACCUCAUUUAAGAGAUGAUAAUGAAGUUCCUACUAAUAUACGCUUUUUAACAAAAAAAGAUUCUAUUGAUGAUUUCUUUGAGAAAAUUGUCCAGAUAACAAAUAUUUCUAGAAGUGAACAGGAUGAUAAUGAAAAUAAACUUACUUUCAAAAAUUUAUAUGAAUCCUUAAAUUGUGGUGGAACUUGGCCACCUGCAGAAUGUAUAUUAAUACUAAGAAAUUUACCUUUAGAUGUUCCUUUGAAUGGAGUUGAAGAUAUUAUAAAAUUUCUGAGGAGAUUACGUGAAUACUUAGCAACAUUUACAAUAAAACCAAUACAAAUUGUAAGCAUGGGAGCAUUUGGAAAUAUGCCGCCUAUAUUACCAUUGAGUGCAGAGCUAUAG